AUGUUAAAGACACUCACACAAACUUUACGCUUAACAGGGAAAUCUUUGCCUAAGGUUCGUCCGGCAUUGAUCAGAACCUACGCUGCCUUUGACCGUUCUAAACCUCAUGUCAACAUUGGUACUAUUGGUCACGUUGAUCACGGUAAAACCACAUUAACUGCUGCCAUUACCAAAGUAUUAGCUGAACAAGGUGGUGCCAACUUUUUGGAUUACGGUUCCAUUGAUAGAGCUCCAGAAGAAAGAGCCAGAGGUAUCACUAUUUCCACUGCCCACGUUGAAUACGAAACCAAGAACAGACACUAUGCCCACGUUGAUUGUCCAGGACACGCUGAUUAUAUCAAAAACAUGAUUACUGGUGCUGCUCAAAUGGAUGGUGCUAUCAUUGUUGUUGCUGCUACUGACGGUCAAAUGCCACAAACCAGAGAACAUUUAUUGUUGGCAAGACAAGUUGGUGUUCAAGACUUGGUUGUCUUUGUCAACAAAGUUGAUACUAUUGAUGACCCUGAGAUGUUGGAAUUAGUCGAAAUGGAAAUGAGAGAAUUGUUGUCCACCUACGGUUUUGAUGGUGACAACACUCCUGUUAUUAUGGGAUCUGCUUUAAUGGCCUUGGAAGGCAAAAAACCAGAAAUUGGUAAGGAAGCUAUUUUGAGAUUGUUAGAUGCUGUCGAUGAACACAUUCCAACUCCAUCAAGAGACUUGGAACAACCAUUUUUGUUGCCAGUUGAAGACGUGUUCUCCAUCUCUGGUAGAGGAACUGUUGUCACCGGUAGAGUUGAAAGAGGUGUCUUGAAGAAGGGUGAAGAAAUCGAAAUUGUUGGUGGUUUUGACAAACCAUACAAGACCACUGUUACUGGUAUUGAAAUGUUCAAAAAGGAAUUAGAUUCUGCUAUAGCUGGUGACAACUGUGGUGUUUUGUUGAGAGGUGUUAAAAGAGAUGAAAUCAAGAGAGGUAUGGUUUUGGCCAAGCCAGGUACUGCUACUUCUCACAAGAAAUUUUUAGCAUCUUUGUAUAUUUUGACUUCAGAAGAAGGUGGUCGUUCCACUCCAUUUGGAGAAGGUUACAAGCCUCAAUGUUUCUUCAGAACUAAUGACGUCACUACCACAUUUUCAUUCCCAGAAGGAGAAGGUGUUGACCACUCCCAAAUGGUCAUGCCAGGUGAUAACAUUGAAAUGGUUGGUGAAUUGAUCAAAUCAUGUCCAUUGGAAGUUAACCAACGUUUCAACUUGAGAGAAGGUGGUAAGACUGUUGGUACAGGUUUGAUUACCAGAAUCAUUGAAUAA